GCUGAUUCUUAAACAUUUCGCUUUUGGUAAGUUUUACAAGGUUGGAAUUGCUUUAGUUCAUUCCGGAAUCCGUUCUGCAAUCCGUCCUCCUCCGGGUGGAUCCUGCGAGCUUGUAGUUCGAGUCCGAUAAUUUUUUGUCUAUUUGUUUAAGACCACCACCUGUAAUCAUGUCUGACGAAGAAGAAUACUCUGAGGAGGAAGCCGAAGAACCAAAGUCCACUGCCUCAGGCGGUCCCUCUAAAAAGGAAGACGUCCAACCUGAUUUCAUCAAGCAACGUCAACAAAAGGCAUCGGAACUCGAUGACCAGCUCAAGGAUUACAUUGAGGAAUGGAGAAAGCAACGGAGGAAGGAGGAAGAAGAACUGAAGCGCUUGAAGGAAAAACAGUCCAAGCGCAAGGUUCUCAGAGAACAACAAGAGAAAGCCUUGGAGGCUAAGAAGAUCCAGGAAGAAAAGGAGCGACAAGCGGCUGUUGAGGACAAGAAACGCAAAGACCAAGAGGAGAAGAUGAGACGUCUUCAGGAAGCAGAGAAGAAAAGGCAGCAAAUGGUUCUGGAUGGUUCUGGAAAACAAUUUGGUGCUAAUGCUCAGGUUGGAGCAAAUCCAGCUCUUGAGCUCCAAAAGACCAAAGAGCAAUUGGCUGAGGAGAAGAAAAUUUCUCUCAGCUUCCGUAUCAAGCCCUUGGACAUUGACGGUAUGAGUUUGGAUGCACUGAAGAAAAAGGCAAAUGAACUUUGGGAAGCCAUUGUUAAACUGGAAACCGAGAAAUAUGACUUGGAAGACCGACAGAAAAGGCAGGAUUACGACUUGAAAGAGUUACAAGAGCGUAAAAAGCAACAGUUGAGACAGAAAGCCCUGAAACUUGGUCUUAACCCCGAAGCCCUCACUGGAAAAUACCCACCCAAAAUCCGUCUUGCAUCCAAAUUUGAACGACGUGUUGAUACCCGUUCCUACGAAGAAAGGAAAUCACUCUUUGAGGGUGGUUACGCCAAGAUCAACAAAGAAGUCAAUGACAAGUUGUGGCAAGAGAGGAUGGAAGAAUAUGAUGGAAGACAAAAGACUCGGCUUCCAAAGUGGUUUGGUGAAAGACCCGGAAAGAAGAAGAAUGAUCCUCCAACACCUGAGGAAGAAGAGGCGCAAGCUGCACGUGACAUUCUGGAACCUAUUGCUCUUGAUGAGCCAUCAUUCUAUGAAGAGCAACCUGGUGAAGAAGAAGAACCUGAGGAGGACAAGACCGAAGCUCCUGGUGAAGAAGCUGAGGCCGAAGAGGAAGCAGAGGAGGAAGAAGAAGAGGAGGAGGAGGAAGAGGAAGAAGAGGAAUAAGCAUGUCAUCGCAGAAAUAAAAUUAACUCAUCCGAAAUUUUUACAUAAAAUCUCUCCUUUGGGAUUUCCCAUCAGAUUGGCUUUGGAUUUUUUAUGUUAGCUAUUUGGUUUGAGUUGUUCGACAAAUUGAUAACUAUGAUGAUGAUGGUGUGUUGUAAACAAUACUUUUGGAGAGGAUUGCUCGGACUCUUUGCUAUUAAAACCUUAUUUUCAUCUGUAUACCAUGUCAUAACGUUAAUAAACUCAAAAUGUGAAAACAUCCACAAACAAAA